CAAACCCUCGCCCAGCGCGCUCUACAUCCCACGCGCCGAGCACCGUCGAGGUCCUUGCCGAGACCGACGGCGUGUUCCCUGCCAGGAGGACUCACAGACCAUGAUGCCCCCUGAUGCUCGCCCAUGACCGUUGCCUGCCGCUGGCGACAUCAGACCACCCAGCGCUUAUCCCCGGGCGCACGGGACAACUCAACGUCUGCGGCAGUCGCGGCGGCGUCUCCAGCUGUUCGUGAAUGUCAUCGCCGUCGCGGGACGACGCCGGACGACCCGGCUGGUGCCCACACGACGCAUGGCGGUUGGUCCGGAACGACGGCCCCCCCCGUGCGCGCACCAAUCUCGAAGCCUUACUCAGACUCUGACGCCGGCCAACGUGGACGGCUGUCGACGGUCCGUCUGUUGGCGAACGAAUCCACGACUUGCCGGUGUGUCCACCGUAUAAGCACCGUUAUGGCGUGCAGCAGCUGAGGGGUCGAGGACUCACGGGCCUCCAUUUCGGAUGCCCCUAUACUGUACUUUGGUACUCUCCCCCUCGCCCGACGUCCUGGUCUCGCUGUUGCUUGGCCGAGCGGUGCAGUAGAACGGACGAGGGGCGCGGGCUGGUGGAAAUGACCUGGACAGAUACGUACGAGACUCCAACGGCUCGCCCCCAACAGGCUGGGGGAGUGCUGCUGGCAAUGGCGCCACCAGGCGAAAGCCGGGACCCGGGACGUUGUGCGUGCGUCUGAUGCAUUUAAUGUCGUCUGGGUCCGUCUCGCCUUGGCGGUACCCGAUGAGACCAUCCUGCAGCAUCACGCGUUUCCUUUUGUAUCCGGAACCUGUACAGUUUGCGCCGCAGCAGCAUGAGCGUCAUCAUCGCGUCCGCCGAGGGCCUCUCGAGCAGGCAGCUGGCCAUUCUCGGCAUCCUCCAGCAGGUGGGGGCGGCCUUUUCCAUUGCGGGAUGCGUCUUUAUCAUCACGACCUUUUGCUUCUGCGAUGCCUUCCACAAGCCCAUCAACCGACUCGUCUUUUUCGCUUCGCUGGGGAACCUCAUGGCCGGCGUGGGGUUCGCCAUGGCGGUCAUGUACCUGGACAAGCCCAACAGCGGCGGGUGUCAGAUGCAGGGCUUUCUCUUGCACUUGUACGCGAGCCUCGACUGCCUUGGUGGUGGUGGUGGUGGUGGUCGGCCAGUCACUGACGCGCACAUGGCUAGGUUCGUCUCGGCCGACGCCUUCUGGACGCUGGCCAUGGCCAUCAAUGUCUACCUGACCUUUUACUUUCGGUUCGACGCGCGGCGGCUCCGCAAGAUGGAGGUUCCGUACCUCGUCGUGUGCUACGGCCUGCCGUUUGUGCCUGCCUUUUCGUACCUGUUCAUCAGGGACAAGAGCGGCAUGCGCAUCUACGGCUCCUCGGGCAUGUGGUGCUGGAUCGUGCCCAAGUGGGACUACCUGCGCAUCGCGACCUUUUACGGGCCCGUCUGGGCGACCAUUGUGCUGACGCUGGCCAUCUACCUGCGGUCGGGCGGCACCAUCUACCGCAAGCGCCAGCAGCUGCGCAAGCUGCAGGAGACGAGCUCGGUCGGCCUGUCGUCCAUCACCCGCGGCGGCGGCGCGGAGCCGACCAUGACCAACAUCAAGACGACAGAGGUGGUGGUCACGUCGGAGAUUGUGAGCCCCGCCGAGACGCUGGAGAUGCAGGCCCUGGGCGGCCAAGCGACGGCGCAUGCCACGACGACGGUGCCGAGACGGCGCGACGAUGACGAUGGCGACGACGAUGGUGGCAGCGGCGGCGGCGGCCUCGACGAGGGCAGAGCGGACGAGGCGCCGACGAAUGCGGGGUCGCACGCCGCGGGCACCUCGGGCAGCGGCGUCCCGCGGCCGCGGCGACGGGUCCACCAGGAGAUCAACAACGCCGCGUGGCAGUACACCAAGUGCGCGAUGCUCUUCUUCAUGGUCAUCCUCAUCACGUGGACGCCCUCGAGCGCCAACCGCGUCCACACCUUCAUCAACCCAAACCAGAUCAGCCUGCCGCUGCAGUUUAUGAGCGCGACGGUGCUGCCGCUGCAGGGCUUCUGGAACGCCAUCAUCUACGCCGUCACGUCGUGGGCCGCGUGCAAGAGGCUCUGGGGGCAGAUCCAGGACUGGGCGGCCGAGAAGCGGGGCAGGACGACGUGGAGCGGCGGCGCCGCUGCCGGCCAGCCGUCCACCGCCGACGGCCGCGCCCGCGGCUCGUGGGUCCGGCAUGAGGACGCGCAGGCGCCGUCGCGGGGGCGGAGCAGCAACAUGAAGCGGGGGGCGACGACGACGCAGAGCGCGAGCCGCGACGGCGACUCGGAGAGCAUGAGGGUGCUGGCCAAGAGCGCCCACGGGUCGGUGGACAUGGACGAGCGCAGCGUGAGCGUCGCGCCGUCCCGCAGCGAGACGUGAGCGUCUCAUGCGACGUGCUGUAUAAUUUUCCCUUCUUUGUUUGUGUGUACUUUUUCCCAUACGUACCCAGUGCGCCGUACGUGUGUACUCUGUGCGUCGUCGUCGUCGAGCGAAAAAUACAAAAGCUUAAUCUUGGCC